AUGCCUGAGAAUGACAAUCGUGUAGGGGAUUUGCUCAGGUCAUUGGACCAAGUAACCAACGAAGUUUGUGCAGAGAAGUCGGUCACUUUGAGCAAAUGUAUUCCUCUAGUGACCUUCCUUUUACAAACUGUAGAGGAAUAUCAGCCAUGUCAUCCCCGGUUUAAAAAGAUACUCUUCCGGAGUGCUCUGUCUCUGUCAGACCCUGUUCAAGGAAUCUGGAAGAAAGUGAAAUUCAAAAUCAGGGCGGAAUCGAAUGCUUCAAAUUUCAUGGUGGAAGAACCAGCGCCAACAAUACCAUCCGUAGCUUCAACAAAAAUAAAUUACAUUUGGGUAAGCUUCGCCAAUAUGGCACAUGAGAAACAGCCUGGUACUAACAACGAUAAUGCAGGAGGAUUCCCACUGGAAAUCACCCAGUACUUAACCAGAGCUGUUUCGUCACGACCAGUCAAUCCAUUUGACGAAUGGAAUGACAUGACAUGAAGCCACAUUACGCGCACCUUUAUAAAGUGGCCAUCGAAUACCUUCCAAUCCUAGCAACAUCAGUUCCAUCCGAAAGAGUUUACUCCAAAGCAAGACUCAUCAUGACGAAGCUGCGAAACAGACUCUUGGGGAAACGUCUCAACCAAUUAUUAUUUCUAUCAUCAGUCUCAAAGGCGUUAUGGUUUGAGCAAUAAUUCUAUGUUACAGUAAUUAUCAUUAUUU